AUGCAAACCAUUAUUAAAUUAGCUCCUCGAACUUUAAUUCCAGCAUUAUCUCGUUGUUCAAAACAUACAUUACCUGAUUUACCAUAUGAUUAUAAUGCAUUAGAACCAGUUGUUUCUGGUGAAAUUAUGAAACUUCAUCAUCAAAAACAUCAUGCUACAUAUGUUAAUAAUCUUAAUAUAGCUGAAGAAAAAUAUAAUGAAGCAAAAGGAAAAAAUGAUCUUACUACAAUGAUUCAUCUUCAACCAGCUAUUCGUUUUAAUGGUGGUGGUCAUUUAAAUCAUUCUAUAUUUUGGGAAAUACUUUGUCCAAAACAAGGUGGUAAUCAACCAACAGGUACUUUAGCUGAACAAAUAAAAAAAGAUUUUGGUUCAUUUGAUAAAAUGAUGACACAAUUAUCAAAUGCAAGUGUUGGUGUACAAGGUAGUGGUUGGGGUUGGUUAGGUUAUAAUAAACAAGAUCAACGUUUACAAAUUGCUACUUGUACAAAUCAAGAUCCAUUACAAGCAACAACAGGUCUUGUACCAAUAUUUGGUAUUGAUGUUUGGGAACAUGCAUAUUAUCUUCAAUAUAAAAAUGUUCGUGCUGAUUAUGUCAAAGCCAUAUUUGAUAUUGCUAAUUGGAAAAAAUCGGAUGAGCUUUUACAAAAAGCUAAACAGUGA